AUACUUAUUCAUGCUGCUAUGUAUAUUCCAACGAUAUAAUUACUUUAUUUAAUGCUUUAUAUAAUAUCUUUAACUUUUAAGGAGAUAAACUUCGAUAGCGACGCGAUAAAAUAGAAUGUCAAUGUUAACCACAAAAGAAUUCGUCUUUAUAUGAGGAGGUUUUUGGGUCAUCACAUACCUCUUACGACAAAGGAAAGUUAAAUCUGGUCAUGCUGAUAUUUAAUAAUAUGAACGUUACAAAGUAGUAGAAAAAUCGUAGUUACAAUGGCCUUGUUUAUAAGCAAUUUUAUACCCAAAAGAGAUUGUUUUAAAUGAAAGUAAGUGAAUAUCAUCACUUAUUAAUAUUGUCUAAUUAUUGGCUUUCCUCUAAUGUACCGCACUGAAUAAACCUUCGAUCGAGAUGAAUUUUCUUGUACGAAUAUUUUCGAGUGAAAUAAAGGAAAUAUGAUAUCCCUUAUGCUGUACAUUUAUUGAGUUCCCUAGUCGUUCUAGAUCAUAGAUAAUUUUAACUCCCACAUUUUUCCCAAAUUCCAAACCUUAUCAAUUUUAUCAAUACACAACUGAUACGUACCGAUGAAAAUUUCGGUAAUUCGUGGCAUAGAAAUAACUAAAUUUAUCAGUAGCAUUUUCAUCUUCCAACAUGUCAAAAUCAGAAGCUAAUUUAAACUCUUCAUUCGUGGACAUUCGAAAUCUGGAUAAUGUAUUCGAAAUCGGAGAUACGUCGCAGAAUUCGUAAGAGAGUUUAAUUAUCUUAUUUUUACUUACGUUGAAUUUUUGUACAAAAUAAUAAAAAAAUACAAACGUUUGAAUGAAAAUCGAAUACAAAUAUUAUAUUAUACUUACUUCAAUUUAGGAUGUCGAGAGAAUCCUGGGAUGCAUUUAAAUAUUAUCCCCUGACAAAACAAAGCGCGUCUAUGCAGGACAAAAAAUGGUUAAAUGUUUCCAUUCGCGUUAUUAAAGCAUUUGUAUAUGUCUUUCUUUUCUGUUCUGUCCUCUGCACUGGUUUAAUCGCUAAAUUCGUAGUACUAUUCGCUGUGUCGCAACUUAAGGAUGAAGCAACCGUACAGUUUUGUAAUUAUGAUUCAGGAAAAAAUGAAAAUUUGCAAGCAAGAAUUUCGAAAAAGGCUAAAAUAGUCUGGACGUGGUACAUCAUCUUUAUGUUCCUUAUACCCGAGUGCUUCACUAUAUUUCGAGCGAUAUGGUAUUUCCUUUUCAAGAAGAAAGUAAAAUUACCAGGAAGACGAAGUAUCGCUGUUUCUUUGGUUUUGGAAAUACUGCAUCCCGUAGGUGUAGCGUUAUUAAUAUUCUACGAGCUGCCGAAGCUCAAUUCUGUAGAUGCAGCAGUAAUUUUUAGUUGCAUUUGUGUUAUUCCUUCAUUAUUGAAUCUGCUUGCACAAAAUAGGAAAAAUACAUCGAACAUGUUUUUAUUGAUACUAAUAAUCAAUUUCUUAGCAUUAAUUGCUCAAGGCACUGGCGUGAUUUUAUUAUGUUUCAUACAUAAUCCUCAAGAUUUUCAGGGAUGGGUUCUUUUUAUAGCGCUUGUAUUGUCUUCUUGCCGUUGGUGGUGUAAUUACGUGCCUUGUUCUAGUUAUUAUGGUUCCUUAAAUUUUCUGGCAAAGAGUAAGACAGAUAAUUGGCACGUGUUUAGAGGGUACAUGGCAUUAUGGAGAUGUUUAAUUUUUAUUUCAAGCGCUGUCGUGAUCUCGACUUUUGAGGGGAUUCGAAUAAACGAAUUUUUCGGAUUUAUAUAUGAUAAUAGAUACACAGUUGAAGUAAUCAAAAUGUCUUCUUCUCGAACGAACGUGAAUGUUUUAAUUGCUUUUAGCGAUAAGUCUGUACCAUUGAACAGUUUUUUAAUGCAAGCAUUUUGUGCUUUUUUCAUAUACAAAGCAGCAAAAUUCGCGUAUCAAACAGGAAUGCACAAAUUCGGCUUCGCCCUUCCAUUGACUUUAAUUACACCAGGAACAGUGAUUAUAAUUCUGAUGUUUUGUAUUGCAAGGGAAAAUGAUCCGUGCGCCUUGCAUGGUUUAAUACCAGAUUACUUAUUUUUAAAUGCACCAAAAUUUAAUAGUAUAACAGAAUUCCUUUUGAAUUGGCGUAUUUGGUGCUGGCUAAGUCUAUGGUUGUCACAAGUUUGGAUCACGCGACAAGUUUGGCUCGGUGAACAUGCUAAGCUUGCUCCAGUAGAGAGGAUUUUCCACAAUCCAAGCUACGACGCUUUUUUCGUCGAUCAGUUUCUGGGAUUAAAUAAAAGAAAACAUGACGAUUCUCAUACUGUUAAGAAAGAGGACGAAGAAGAAGAAGACGAAGAAAAAGAAGAAGAUUCUAUCAGUGAAUUUGAGAUGAUUCCUUCGACACUUUCUAGGACCUCGACAAAUGAAAAACCGAAUACUUGCGUCACUCAAAUCUAUGCUUGCGCGACUAUGUGGCACGAAAAUAAAGAAGAAAUGAGCGAGUUAAUUGGAAGCAUUCUGAGAUUAGAUAGAGAUCAGUGUGCAAUGAAAGUUACACAGAAGUAUUAUAAUAUAUGUAUCAAAAAUUAUUAUGAACUUGAAACGCAUGUGAUAUUCGACGAUGCAUUUUGUUGCAUACACGACUGCGUUGGACCGUGCGAGCAUCAUGAAAACGAAACGCAGGUGAACAAUUAUGUGGCUACGUUUGUAGAAUUAAUGCAGGAGCGCAUAAGAAACCUUGGCAUACUCGAUUUACCACCAGUUAAAUGUCCAACACCCUACGGUGGUCAACUAAUCUGGAAUUUACCCGGAAAGACGCGUCUAACUGUACACCUCAAAGAUAAAAACAAAAUCAGACACAGGAAACGAUGGAGUCAGGUCAUGUACAUGUAUUAUCUUCUUGGCUAUCGCUUGAUGGGCUCAACUUUGAUAGACGUCGAUACCAAAGAAUUAAUAGCACAGAAUACUUACAUUUUAACGUUAGACGGAGACGUCGAUUUUCAGCCUGCAGCUGUCAAGGCAUUAGUAGACUUAAUGAAGAAGAAUAAAGAAUUGGGCGCAGCUUGCGGGAGAAUACAUCCUUUAGGGAAAGGUCCUAUGAUUUGGUUCCAAAAAUUUGAAUACGCCGUUGGACAUUGGCUUCAAAAGUCUACGGAACACACGAUAGGCUCGGUUCUCUGCAGUCCGGGCUGUUUCUCGCUUUUCAGGGCGAAAGUGUUGAUGCAGCAUAAUAUCAUAGCUAAAUACGCGACCAGGUCAACUGAACCCAAACAUUAUAUUCAGUACGACCAAGGGGAAGAUCGAUGGCUUUGUACAUUAAUUCUGCAAGCUGGUUGCAAGGUAGAGUAUUGCGCCGCCAGCGAUGCAUAUACACAUGCUCCAGAAUCAUUCAAGGAGUUUUAUAUUCAACGUAGACGAUGGAUUCCGUCGACCAUGGCUAAUGUUUUUGAUCUAUUAAGUAGUUCAAGCCAGACUAGGAAAUUAAACGAUGAUAUCUCGUGGCUCUACAUAGCUUAUCAGUGGAUUUUAACUGGUAGCGCAAUUAUUGGACCAUCUUUCAUUUAUCUGAUGAUGGUCGGAGCAUUUGUUACUUCGUUCCAGUUAGAUAACUGGCUGAGCUUCUUUUACAAUGCAAUUCCAAUCAUCGUUUUUAUUUUCAUUUGCUUUUUCUGCAAAGUGCGCAUGCAGCUUAUAGCAGCUGAAGUAAUUACUGUCAUGUAUGGUACGGUAAUGUUGGUCGUAUUAGUUGGAAUACUGCUUCAAAUAGCGUCGGAUGGGUAUUUCUCCCCCAACACUCUUCUAUUUUUUAUUGUAAUUGGUCAGUUCACGCUGACAGGUUUCAUGCAUCCUCAAGAAUUAUCGUGUCUACCUAACGCAAUUAUUUAUUAUCUCACUGUGCCAUCAAUGUACAUGUUGCUGAUUAUUUUCUCUAUCUUCAAUCUACAUAAUAUUACGUGGGGAACCAGAGAAUCGAAAUCGCAAAGACAGGUAUUAAGAUUCUGAAAGAGAUCAUCGUAUUCUUAUCUAUUACAUUGCUAAUGCAUUCAAUCCCUUUAGAUAUCAAACCAAGGAGUUGCUAAUCAAUCUGCACAAGAUGAAACCACUGAAAAUAUGUGGACAAAACCUUCUUUCUCUGAUCUAUUUAAAUGCAACAUUUGUAAGCCCAGCCAUAACAAAAAAGUGGAAUAUUUAGAAUAUAUUAAUAAUUCUAUAAACGAAAUAAAUCUUCGUUUAAAACAGAUAGAGAGUCAAUUUGAUGUCGUGACGAGUGACGGCAAUAGAGAACAAAGUAAAACAUAUAGCGACAAACUAAAAUUACAAAUUACCGAAGACUCGGAUACGAGUACAGAUACAGAAACGGAAAUAUCUGAUCAUGUAUAUCCCUGCGAUCGUUUAGAAGGUACGAACUUUUUAGUAAAUCUACAUUGGCUUCAAGACGAUCGUUUAAGAAACGGGAAGGUAGAUUUCCUUCCGUACGCCGAGGAAGAAUUUUGGAAUCAAUUGAUUAAAAAAUAUUUGCAUCCUAUAGAAAUUGACGCGGAGAAGCAGCAAAAGAUCGCGAGAGGUUUAAUAAAGAUACGUGACGAAUGUCUAUUGAAAUUCUUUAUGAUAAACAUAAUGUUUAUAGUAGGAAUAUUCUUACUGCAAAUAAACAAAGACGUUCUAUAUGUUCAAUGGCCAUUUGCUGUUGAAUAUAAUAUCACUUAUCCCGAAGAGUACGAAGUACACGUGCUCAGAAAAUAUAUGCAUUUGGAACCGAUUGGAUGUCUCUUCAUCGUGGCAUUCGUUUUCAUAUUGUUUAUACAAUUUUUAGCUAUGUUCAGCCAUAGAUUCAAAACGUUCACUCAUAUAAUCGCUAAUGCGAAAUUAAAAUUCCCCUGUUUCAACAAGGAGGAUCCUCUAUCAAGCGAUUCAAUUACUAGCACACAUGCAAAGAAUAUAGCUGAAGGUCUUCAGCACAUAACAGAAACUCAGACAUUUAAUUUAAUGAACAAGGAACGAUUUAAUUCAGGAAAACGAAAAACUGUCAGAGAAUUAAUAGAAACUAAUAAAAGCACUCCAAAGUUGUCCUCCAAUUUCGAAGUACUUUUUAAUAAAACUUUAAGGGAACCUGACACAUCUGGUCUCUCUAAAAGAAUAUCUUCAACUAUGCCACAAGGUAUAAUGGAAGCUUUGGAAAAACGGCGUUUGACUAUUUUGGCAGAAAACGAUAAACUAGGAUCUGAGAAUAAUGCAUCUAACAGUGCAGACAGUAGUCGAAGAUCAACACAUAAUAUAUAUGACAAUCCAUCAUUUUUGAAUGACAACGACGGGCGUAUUUAGUUGCUUGUAUGCUCGUUAGCUUUAUUACUUUAUACUAUUGUACAGGUACACUGAAUCAUUAAAACACUAAAUGAGUUACUUCAAUAUGCUAAUAGAUUUAGAGAAGAUUCCAUGAUAUUUACACAUUUGUUUAUGAAAUAAUUUGAAGAUAAGCAAUGAAAGACUAACUGAAAUUAUUAUUCGUAUUUUGAUAUAUGAGA